GACCGCAUCAGGCUGGAGGGGGACGACCAUGUCCACUUCCAGAACAAGUAUUCCCGCUUAGAGCAGCUGGUGUCGGCGGAGAAGGCUCGUUCUAAGGUGUCGGACGCCGAGAGAGAGGCUUUGCUCAACCGUGUCAUGUCAGAGCGCAACAACUUUGCGGCCGGUGACAUGGACUUGCUUGCGAUGGCCCAAUCCAUGGCGACGGGUGCGGGCAAGAGUGCCACGGCUUUCGACAACAAUCUGAUGAGAAUGGGUGACUUCUUGGAAGCUAUGCAGAAGGAGCCUUCAGAGCCGGAG